AGUUGAGCUGCAGCGCCGGAUUCGAAACUUGGAGGCUCGCCAAUUGCGACGAUCGAUGCCUGGUGCUGUUAUUCCGCCAAUGCAACCGGCAUUCUCUGUAGUGCACUUCGAGGUGGCUCUCGGUUCAUCCUCUGGGUUCACAUUAUUCGGGGAUUUUGGAUCUUUUCAUGCAGUUUCUUGAGCCAUUUUUGUGUUCUUGUGUUUUUUUUUUUUUUUUUUUUUUUUUUUUCAAAAAACUUCUCGGGGGAGGAUUGGUUAGUUCUAUCGCUAAGAAGUAGAGGCGUGGAUUCUCCAAUUGCGGGUCCAGAUUGUAUUGCGAUACGAGGCAUCAUUUUAGAUGGUUCAUCCUCUUAAGGUGUUGCAAUUGAAAGUGAGUUUGAGAAGUUGUAGACUGUUUUGCUUUAAUCUUCUGGGGAAUUGGUUGACCCUGGAAAGAAGACAAGACACAGAAGCUUGGGGAUGCUGGGCGAGGGGUUGUGUUUGGUGUGUGCUCAGUGGCGUCACAUUGUUCAUUUUGCGUGCAAUUGGUCGUGUGAAACAAAAGCGAAGAAGGUCACUAUUUGUUUCUGGACCUGAAGACAAUGAGCAUUUGGUUGAUGCUUCAAAGUAUGACCGGAGAAUUCUGAUCUUCUGUGCUGUGAAACGUAGGACUGGUACGCAUCGUCAGUUUUUGAGAUCACCCGGAUACGCAUCUGGUAUCUUGAAAGCUGAUGCGAUUACAGGAGGCUAUCAGUUCAACGGGACGCUUAUUUUUAAUGGGAUUAGCGACGUGUAUCCUGUGCCGUGGAUUUUGCGAACUGCAAACUUCUUGAAAUCAUGGAUAUUAAAGAACGAUGUCUUGUCCGUUUGUGCGGAAGAAACCGAAAUUCUCAUUGUCAUUCCUUAAGAGCAAUUAGGGGAUAUUUGUGUCAUGUCUCUUGAUUGUCUCACUUCAGUCGUUUGAAAGCUCUGGUUCUAGACGACAGCCUAUCUGUGUACUUGAGUCGCUUGGAGUUUCCUGCAUAGAAAUCCUUCUUCAGAGCCCCUUCUCUUCUUUUUCUUCACACGAGUCGAAAACAAUGCUUGUAAAUGUUGUUUUCAGCAAUGUCUUACUUACAUAUCCUACUCACACAUAGGAGUCUUCAGGUAUUAUCACUUAAUUUUUUGAUAUCUUACUGGGUUUGUCCGUUUGGGGCUACAUUUUUAAGAAUUAUGGAGGACCCAGUUGGAGCGCAACGGCCAACUCAAACCGUCAGUGGCAAUUUGGACAAUUGCCGCUCUUCCCUGGAAAAUCAUGGACACUCAGACUCAAGUAACUAUUCUUCUGAAAUCGGAAUCGAAUCAUUUGACAGUUCUGAGAGAACGUUCUUGGCUUCUCCCCCUUAAUCCCGACGUACUCUAUCGCAGUCGAGAACAUUCAGUAUCGAGAAGGGUUACCUUCUACCCGAUGCAAGCCAAUAUGAGAUCUCGACCGCAACUGCGCAGCCGUCGAAUCAUACCAACGAUGCAGUCAUUCUGUACUCGCUACAGUCAUUCAAGCUUCUCACCAAGCAAGUGCGAGAGAAGCCACACGGAGAAGAUGGUUUGGUGAUAUGUAAUUUUUCUGAGCAUUCAACAACUCUAGCCAUGGAACGGCCAUCGCUAAUAGUCGUAGCCGACAAGCAACCUUUACCCUCAGUCAACAAGGAUUCUCCUAAGAUAUCUAGAAUUCGGAGAAACUCCGUUGCUAAUAAUUCUGAGAUUAAGACAUCACAAUGUUUGCAGAAGGGAGAGAUGAAGAAGGAAGAUGCGCAAUCAGUCGGCCAUGUGGCAAAAGUAGCCAGUAAAGUUGCAGUGAUAUAUAACGGGGAAAAGAAAUUCACGACGGGACCUGUGGACAUAGCACUGAAUAGAUAUGCGACGUCCGAGGGUGAUGCCAUUCUUGUGGUGGCAUUUCUGGAACAUAUUCUGAGCCCUAUGGGUUUGAGGAUGGUGGCAGACCUGCAGCUGUUCAGCGGUGUCAAUGAAGCAGUUCUCAAACAAACAAUCAUUAUUAUGAAAAAAGACCUCGAGACUAAGCUCGACAAUUGCUUGCAAGUGUGUAGAACGAAAAAGAUCCUUUAGGACGUCAAGGUGUUGCCAGGAUGCAAUCCAAAAGCACUGGUUGCGAAGGAGAUUAUAGAUUUUCAAGCCACAUCAGUAAUCUUUGACAAGAAUGCAAUGAAAAGCAGAAGGUAUUACGAGGACAAUCUUUCCUGCCACAUCCUACGACUCCACAGUGACGGUCGCAGGGAUCAGACAGUUUCCUCCUUCGACUCUGAUUCUUCCGCUAUGAAUUCUGAGCUUGCCGCCACUCCCUCAAUAUCGUCAAAAUUAAAGCUCUUUGGUUCCAAGCGCAGUAGGGGAACACGACGCCGUAGAGAAGGCUAUAUUCCAAAGGGCUCAAAAGCCACGUCAAAUCGUGGGUCUCCUCGAGCUAUUCCCAAAACAGUUAAAGAUAUUGCUUGGUUUAGCAGCUCAAAGCCAAACCCAGGUACAUGUCCAAAGUUGAAAGCGUCUACAGAAGUGGAUGAAGUCGGCCCACAAAUGAAAAGAAGCGGAGGUUCUUUAACUGCAGCCUCGGUUGUUUCGUAAUUCAGUCAUCCUCGUCACUGCAGCAUUCAGCGUGCCUCGCUUUGUUCUGAGAACAUUACCACUGAAGAUCAGCCUUUGGAGGAGGGGGUUCAGUAUUAUUGACUAGGGUAUCCACACCGCUGGAGUCUGCAUUCUGAUUCGACGUACUGAACCCCCAGAAGGACCAAUGGCAAAAAACACGUUCGGAGCCUUUAAGAUCUGAUGAAUCUUAAGCAAGCAGCAUCAUCAGUGUCGUAGAUUUCUCUCGACCAAGAGAAGUUUCUGUCCCUCCCCUUCAACCCCUGACCAGCUAGCGAGUAGUUAGGCAUUCGAGUUUACACUGCUGUAUAAUCCAAAUGUGCAAAAAACAGGAUUUAGUGUUCAUUAACCAUGGAAAAGUGGACACAGCAAUUACUUGAAAAUGGUACUAUGUUUUAUAUUUCUAACAUUGCAAAAGAGCUGCUAGUGUAGGCAAAGCAGUUAACAGAAACCCCACAUUCGAUAACCUUUCUCUAUAUUUUAAAUCUCCAUUGUUAACAUGCAACUCAAAUACUGCUCGUUUAACUUCUUAGCAAUCUGAAUGCAAUGAGCAUUCAUGGCGUUUAUGAAGUUCUGAGAGAAACUUUUGAAGAUGGGCUUUCAAACUUUUCCACAACUUUGAAGUGGAGGCACUUUUUCAGUUAUACAAAUUACUUUUUUGUGAU